AUGAAACCACGAGACUCCUGGGGCUGUAUUCCCGCCCUCAAGGUUGGCGAUGUGGAGCUAGUUGACAACGUGGAGAAAGCUCAGGCGUUCAUGGACUCGUUUUUCCCAUCUAUGGCGUCUGCGCAAGAGGAAGCACCCGCCCGCGCCCCAACCGAGAUCCGAUGGCAUCCAAUCUCCGAGAUUGAAAUCUAUCGAUCUCUCAGGGCUGCCAAAGGCACAACAGCACCAGGCGAGGACGGUCUACCCACGUUGAUCUGGAAACGUCUCUGGAAAUACCUCGGAAAUAUCAUCACAAGGAUUUUCACGUCAUCGAUUGAACUAGGAUACCACCCACGGCGAUGGAGAAGCGCGCGAAUCAUAGUCCUGCGGAAGCCCGGGAAACCAGACUACUCGCUACCUGGAGCUUACCGCCCGAUCUCGCUACUCAACACACUCGGCAAGUUAUUGGAAGCGGUGAUGGCCCGGCGGCUGUCCUUCUUCGCGGAGCACUACGGUCUUCUACCGGAUACUCAGUUCGGAGGACGUCCGGGACGAACAACCGAGCAAGCCCUCAUAAUGCUUGCUAACGCAAUUGACCGGGCGUGGUACAGACAGAAGGUCGUCUCACUGGUGGCCUUUGACCUAAAGGGAGCCUUCAAUGGGGUGAACAAGACAAGCCUGGACGUCCGCCUCCAGUCCAAGGGUAUCCCAUCGGUGGCCCGGAAGUGGAUUGCGAGCUUCAUGAGUGGGCGCCAGGCGAGCAUUGGGUUCGACGACUACCAGACCGAGGUGGCGCCGCUAGACAACGCCGGGCUCGCGCAAGGCUCUCCACUCUCACCUAUCCUCUUUGCGUUCUUCAACUGCGACCUGGUCGACCAGCCGGUCGAUUUUCACGGUGGGGCAUCUGCCUUCAUCGAUGACUACUUCCGCUGGCGAGUUGGCUGGAGCGCUAAAGAGAACCUGGCCAAAAUCCAGUCCGAAGACAUGCCCCGGAUCGAAGCCUGGGCCCGGCGAACUGGGUCCUGCUUCGCCGCAGAGAAGACCGAACUCAUUCACAUUACUCGCAAGAGGAAAGAACAGAGCCAGGGCCAGCUUGUUAUGAAUGGCAAUACCAUCAAACCAUCUACGACCGCCAAACUCCUAGGUGUAAUCUUCGACCAUGAGCUACGGUGGAAGGAACACGUACAGCAAGCCGUCAAACGAGCCACCAAGGUCAACAUCGCGCUUGGGGGCUUGCGACAACUCCGUCCAGAGCAAAUGCGACAGCUUUACGAAGCGUGCGUCACACCAGUUGUCGACUACGCAUCGACCGUCUGGCAUGAUCCGCUUCGAGACAAGACCCAUCUACGACACCUCCGCACCGUACAACGAGCGGCGCUCAUCCGCGUCCUAUCUGCAUUUCGAACGGUGGCAACAACCACACUUGACGUAGAGGCACAUGUACUACCAACGCACCUUCGUCUGCGCUACCGUGCACAGAAUACCAUCACUAGACUGCAUACCCUACCCCAAAAACAUCCCAUAUGGAACGCCCUGAAUCGAGCCCAGAGAAGACGUAACAAUCGUGGAUCGUUCGCUCGGUUCCCGCUAUCAGAAGCCUUGAAAACCAUGAACUUGGAGAGACUACAGGAAAUCGAAAUGAUUGAUCCAACCCCACUACCACCUUGGCGAAAAGAAGCCUUCUCGGAAAUCGAGAUUGAAUCAGACAGGGAGAUCGCGAUAGAAAGGGCCGAGGCUGCACGGUCAACCGCGGACAUCGUGGUGUACUCGGAUGCCUCGGGAAGAGAAGGCCAUCUAGGUGCCGCAGCGGCCGCGCUGAAUGACUCACUAGAAACAAUCGACAGCAUGCAAGUGCAGGUUGGACCCAUGGAUCGGUGGUCGGUACAUGCCGCCGAGCUGAUUGGGGUCCUUGACAGCAAGUCGGCCCUGCAAGCAAUCCAGAAUCCCGGGAACAAGUCGGGACAACAGAUCAUCCAUGCCAUUCUACAAGCAGCCAGGAACACCAAGACCCACGGCAUGUCGAUACGACUACAGUGGACACCCGGACACUGCGAAGUGCCAGGGAACGACGCUGCUGAUUUACUGGCCAAGGAGGCAGCUGUGCCGGGAAAAACUCACCCGUUUUGCUGUUUGCUAUCACGCGAGAGAGCACACAUUAGGCAAGGGAUCCACGCCCAAUGGAAGAACGAAUGGAACGGCUCGAGCACCGGCGCCCAUCUGCGUCAGAUCGACGACACACUACCGGCCAAGUACACCAGACGGCUCUACGGCUCCCUGCCUAGAAAUCGAGCGUACUUAUUCACGCAGUUGCGAACCGGACACUGCUGGUUGUCAACAUACGCAAAGACUUUCCGAUUUCGAGACGACGAUCUGUGCGUCUGUGGUGAACGGGAAAGCGUUCACCACGUGUUGUUAGAUUGCCCACGAUUGAGAGAACUGAGAAGAGAGCUGCGAAUUAAGGUUGGCGAUGCUUUCAACAGCAUAUCGACACUGUUGGGUGGACCAGGAGAAGAAGGAAGAGGUAAGAUUGACAGUGCAUCACGAACCAAGACAGUGGAGGCUGUCUUGGAUUUUGUUGAAGCAUCGCAACGGUUUCAAAGCCGCGCGCCAUAA